AAGUCCAAGUGGAUGUUUGUGUCAAAUUUUAAGAAAUUCCCUUAUAAUCACUUAUAAGAAUAUCCAAAAAGUGUUUUUGUCUUUUAAAACAUUUUACUCUUUAUGCCACAGUAAUUACAGUCACUACAACAGGAGACACACUGACGAUGCUGGAUGCCGAGUCAGCGGUUGCUAGGUAAUGGUUGACAUGUGGCACUGCAGCUAAACCAGCGCAAUGAAUAAAAGUGUCUGUUUUUUCUGUUCUGGUCCGGGAUGGAGGGCGGUUCAUGGUGCACAAGAUAUGGAAAACCGGACUUUAGGUGAGGAUAUCAUACACCUUGAAGGGUUGAAAGUCUCCUCCCAGUUCUCCAUUCCUACCUUCAUCCUCCUCCUCCUCAUCUAUACCUUCGCUGUGGUGUCAAACAUCAGUUUGGUAUCCCUGAUCUUUACGAGCAGGAGCCUCCACCAGCCCAUGUACCUGCUCUUCUGCAACAUGAGUAUUAAUGACAUUUUUGGGGCCACAAUUGUCACACCGCACAUACUGAGAGACAUUUUCAUACCACAGCCAGAGCGGUACAUCCGUUAUAUUGACUGUGCCUUUCAGGCCUUCUGUGUUCACCUCUAUGCAGGCGCCACUCACACUGUGCUCAUGAUCAUGGCGUUUGACCGCUACAUGGCCAUCUGCAAUCCCCUGCGAUACACCACCAUCAUGACCAACAAAAUGGUGGCGAAGCUGUCGUUGGGGGCCUGGACGACAGCCUUAGUCCUAGUAGCGAUCCUCUUGGGCCUCACUAUUCGCCUGUCGCGCUGCAGGCGGGUUAUACUCAACCCAUUCUGCGACAACGUCUCCUUGUUCAGCCUGUCCUGUGAAAGCGUCCUCAUCAAUAACAUCUAUGGCCUCAGCUACACGGUGGUCCUGCUGGGCUCCUCCAUCAUCAGCGUCUCUCUCACCUACCUGAAGAUCGCCGCAGUGUGCGUGCGCAGUAAGAACAAGGCUCUAAACAACAAAGCGCUGCAGACCUGUUCCACACACCUGGCUGUAUACAUCUUCCUGCUGGCAUCGGCCUUCAUCAUCGUCAUCCUGCACCGCUUCCCUCAGAUGUCAGACAUCAGGAAAGUGGUUUCUGUCUUAUGUGAAGUGACUCUACCUGCAUUCAAUGCCAUUAUCUAUGGGCUGCAAAUUAAAGAGAUCAAGCAGCGGAUUAUCGCUGUGUUUUACAACAGGAAAGUAGCUCAAAUAAAAUAAAACGAUGAAGUAUACUUCACUA